GCAGGAGAUACUGGCCUCAUACAGGAAAGCGUGCUGCUGACCACAAGGCGUCUCGUAAACACUUCCAAGGCUGUUGCGCGAAUUUGAGCAUCCACCUGGCCGACACCGCAGCGAAGACGGUUGCUUCUUGGAUUGCGUCGCACAGCAUAAGUACAAUAUCACGUGGGAUCCCUGUUUGCUGGAAAAGCUCUUUACCACUUCCCCGAGCGUAGUCUAGCCCGGCAACCAAAGCCGUGGUGCCAGUAGCACAGCAUCCGAAACCACUCUUCCGUGUCUCUCGACCCCUCCCCUUUCGUGGCUUGCUCGACAAGAAUUUUCUUCUUGCACCAUUAGAUCGGCGGCGAAAGAAUGGGCUGAAAAGCUGGCCCAUAUCCACCCAUCAAAUCGUCAUGGAUGUCAACUCUACUGCACCCGGCGAGGUCUAUCCCGGCGGUAUUCCCAAAGGAGCAGCCGAUUGGGAGACCUACAUCUUGAACCAGCAGGCAAUGUUUGGUGGAGGCACUUGUGCCCCUCUAUCAAGACGCCGCAAGACGGUCGUCGGCAUUCCAAACUUUGGAGAGUUCAUGCGCGAGUACGAAGACCGAGCCAACGAGCAGCGCUGUCGUGCGAGAAAGGAUAGUCACCAAUCUCCAGACCACGACAAGGACGACCUCUCACACAACAACGUCCACUUUGGCACAGACUCUCUGCCGCCGUCCUUCUCUUCCACUGCCUCGUCCAACAGCACCAAGCGGUCCUCUCCCCACGUUCCCGCGUCUAAGAAGCAUCUCACGUCGGGCUCGAGACACGGUCGUCAUGGUUCGGCCUCGAGACCAAAGCUUCCCGAUGCUUUCAUGAGCGCCCCCGAUGUGCCCCGCCCCGACAGCCCCGAAACAUUCAAGAGAAAGAUCUAUGAGCACAAGGCCCAUUUCUACGCCUCGCAGAAGCAACGCACUUCUUCACGUCCCCGUCACAAGUCUCUGCUCAGCUCUUGUCUCUAUGGGAACCCGCCCGACCCUUUCCAUAUGCCACCUCCCCGGCCCGCUGCCGAUUUGAACGGCCACGCUCCUGUCACCGCAUUUGCUCUAUGGCGUCAGGACUGUGACGAGCAAUUGAGUGACAAGGCGACCAUGACUCACGUCCCAACGCCACCUAUCCCCACAUGCUCAGAUUGCGCCAAUGCCUCCGUCCUCAGCGGUCACCGUGUUCCCAUCGCUUGCGGUCACAGUCUCGACAAAGUCUUCCGCACAGGCAUCUCCGAGCGACCUGGCACCUACGCAUUCAGCAAAGCCUACUUUACCAUCUUGAAAGCCGAACGUCAGCGCUGGCACACAGACCGCUUUGGAGCUUGCAACCCCAAGGUCAAGGCUCGUAUCGAGGCUGACGCACAGCAGCUCUUCAUUCUCGUCAACGAUCUGUUCGAGAUCGAAAAGCUGCGGAUGGUCGAGACUGCUGAGAUGAUGCCAGAGCAUAUUCCUGCACACGAGCCUUAUCACACUCCUGACUACUUCAAGUUCAGACCUGACGAGCGUGAUGUCUGGUAGUCGAGAUCCUCUCUCUGCCAUGCAGCACUGACCCGAUUACGCAUAUGAGGCAAAGGCUAAAAGAACAGUUCACAAAUGCUUGUUGACAAUGGGAUGGGUUCCCUUGUUUCGCAUCGUUACAACUGCUACACUUUGCAAAGGGAAAAGGCAAAAAAAAAAAGGUAGAAAACACAUUGCUGGCCAUAUCACGACGUUUGACGCAAGCAAAAAAAAAACCACAGAGCGUAGAGGGAAAAGGACUGGGUUGCUCAUUUGACACGUAGAUUCUGCUGGCAGCUUCCUUUGGAUUUUGCAGCCAAUUGUCUCGUCUCUUCU